CCUUCAAGAGAAUCAUCGACUCAGCCAGCAAAUCAAUCAAAAAACCCCAAUACUCAUUGGGGGGGAAAAGCAUGGCAAACCCUAGAAGACAAGGUCUACAAUCUCAACCCCAAAGCCCAAACCCCCCUCUCCUCCCUCUCUCCUCCUCCUCCUCCUCCUCUGAUCAACCCCAAACCUCAUCAAUCCUCACUUCAGUCUCUCUCUUCCUCAAGAGACCCCAAGCCUUCCCUUUUCUCCUCUCAAUCUUCGUUCUCCUCACUUGGCUCUCUCUUAGACUUCAGCGGCCUCCUCAGACUCCGUCGUAUUCUUCAUCUUCUCAGUUUCGGGAUUCGAGAUUGAGUAGGAGUUUGGAUUUGGAUGCUAAUUUGGUGAGGUUUAAUGCUGUGGAGAUCCCUUCUGGGAUUGCGAAGGAUAAGAGAGGUUGGCUGGUUGAUCCUGUUAGCUUGGCGCUGGAGAAUGGGAUUCACGGGGGAGCAAGAUUUUGUGCUUCAGUUCAUGUAGGCGAGAUUCGACCAGGAAAAAUGAGGGGAAAUCACCGGCAUCAUACUUGCAACGAGACAUUUGUCAUUUGGGGUGCUGAGACAAAGUUCAGACUCGAGAAUCCUAGUAUGGAAGGCAAGGGUUAUGCUGAAGUGAUCGUUGGUGCAGAUGAGGUUGCUGUUGCUGUGAGUCCUGCUGGAACUGCACAUGCUUUGAUUAAUGUGGAUCAUAUCAAGACUACUUUCUUGUUGGGAUGUCAGGACUCUGUGAUCAAUAUCAGCUCAACUACUGAAUACAAAAUCUGGAAAGAUUUAUGAAACGUCUUGGAUAUUUGGGAUUAGAAAGGUAGGUGCUAUAAUGAGAUCGACUUUGUAUAGAGUGGUAAUUUUCGAGUUUUCUUGACGAGAUUGACAUUGGCUUUUAGAGAAGAAUGUAGAUAUAAUUUUCGAUUCGUUUUUGGGUCAGUUAGGCCCUGAUCUGUAUUACAAAGUUGACUCUUGGAGAAUGGGAACGUUGUCUGCAGUUUUUUGUGCAUUCGAAAUUUGUUGUACAGAUGACUACGAAAGAUGAAGAAUAUGUUUUUGUUGGAAAGAAGUGUUUGGCUUGAAAUAAUGGACAUGAAUGUGUUGUCGACUCUAAAAUUUGCAAAUCAUAGAACCCCAAAGCUUAAUAUUUCUCCAGCUUUCGAAAGGAGUACAAAAUUGAGGGUGAUUCCGAAGUUCAGAUGGCUUACACAUGCAGCUGCCGUUACCAACAUUUACGGUCUCAGAGUUCGAACACCUGGAAUUCAUUCGGUGAAUCUGAAACCUCAAAUCUAUUGAAAUUUGUGCAGUCAUCGAAAACUGAUAGGGAAGUAAAUGAGAGAACCAAUGAACCAUUGACAUUCUUUUUGCAAAUGCAUUUCAUGAAGAGAAAAUCUUGGGAGAAUAAUAGAUCCCCAUACACUGGAGAUAUUCCUAGCUUAAGUCAUGUCCCACGUAUUGUGUACAUUUAUAAGACCAGUGUGAAUAAAUCAGUUUAAAUUAAUGUAUGCUUGGAAUAAUAUUAACAAACAUGCUUGAUUGAAAAAUGCAUAUAUUUGUAUUUAAGAGAAGCAUAUGAAUAAGUUCAGAAAGAUUUCCGAG